GUAAGCCGAACCCUCCACCUGGGCACUCCGACCUCACAUGUGCAAGAACACGAGCGACUCAGCACAUGGGCACAGAGUAACAACUCGCCGCGCCUCUCCUCAAAUCUCACCCAAACUCACCUUCACAAUGACACCAAAGGUCCCAGGCGAUCCAGCAAUACUUGAACCCCUAGAUAGGCUCGCAGACCCCUCGAAGAGGUCCACCGUCAUAUUCCUCCACGGACUUGGCGAUGACGGCCAUGGAACCGGAUACGGGCUCGCUCAGCAGUUUCAGCGAUACCAAAAGCUGCGCUGCACGAGAUGGGUCUUGCCUACUGCGCCCAUCGACCCACAGGUCGGGCAGCGGUGCUGGUACAAGCCACAUAGCCUCCCUUCCGCGCUCAAACCGCGCGUGCCGGACCGGGACGACGAUGUUGCCGGUUUCGACGUGUCGGACGACGAGGACGAUGAGGGCCUCCUGAGGACCGUGGCCUAUAUUGAUGAGCUCGUCAAGGCCGAGGUGGAUCGGGGCAUUGAACCCGGCAAGAUCGCGGUCGGUGGGUUUAGUCAGGGAUGUGCGGUGUCCAUGGUUUGGGGUUUGAAGGGCCAGUGGAAAGACAAGGUCGCGGGCGUGUUUGGGCUGAGCGGCUAUUUGCCGAAUAUCAAGGCGGUGUGCGAGGCUGGGAAGGCAUCAGACGGAACCGGAAAGCACGCGCGAAAGUGGUUUUUCGGCCACGGCAUGGGUGACGCGCUCGUCUCGGUCAACUUGUUCGCGGAAGGGCAAAAGCGGCUGCAACAGUACGUAAAGGAAGAGAGCAUCGAGGGUCAUAUUUAUCAAGACCUGGGCCACGACGUUGGGACAUCUGAGGUUCGUGAUCUCUGGCUCUGGUUCAAGUCCGUCUUGAACGACGACAGCUAGACGCCGCCACAAAACCUGCGCGGGCAGUGUAUCAUCAUGAGCAUCGCAGCACUUGAGCCAUUUGACCAAACUAGGCUGGUCUUCUAAACAACCCCCCCUGAAUCAGAGGAUUACUCUUUCGCCUCCCGAACAAAGUCCCACAAUUUCGCAUCAGGCUAUGUCCUACUCGUAUCAAACGCGGUUCCUGCAGUUACCCACCGCCCAAGACUUUUAGCGUUUCUUCAAGUCGGCUUCUCGGAAGGCGUCCAGAAUUUUGUUGCCCUCUUCAAUACCGUCAGGAUCCAUCGGCAAGCCAUGAGAGGCUUGAAAAUUUGGUCGGUUGACCCAAGACUCCUUGGGUAUCUGGUAAUUGGAAUUGGAGGAGCCACCCUGAUCUGAUCCUGCGGCACUUGGUGCUGUUGAUGACUUGGAGUCUCCAGGGCGGGAGCCAGAAUCGGAACCAGAACCGGAGCCUUUGGUUUCGGAGGCUGAGGAUGAUGACAUGUUCGGCGAUAUGAAGUUUGUGAGCAGAAUGUUUUGACCAGCACUUGAGGGCUUGAUGCAUACGGCACUGCGUAUUGCGGUUUCUCUUUCUUGAUGCGUGAAAGUAUAGAAGAACCCCAAUCCUACAGCAACAUCCUAAGUCUUAA